AUAAGCCUAGCUAUAACCUUCACGUGUUCCUGAUAAACGACUCCUGGCAAUGAUUGAUCAGGAUGAGACAUUACUUAAGGAUGGGAUUAGUACAGAUGCUUCAAAGCUGAACUGGACACUCUGCCAGUCUGAGGAUGGAGGUGACAAUGUUUUUUCCAUUGUUGUUGCUGAUCUGCUCUCACUCAACAGCUCAGCCUCAACCAGAGUCUGACAAUGAAAUUAUUCCUCUUGGAGAUAACCAGACGAGGCAACCUGCAAACGUCUCUCUGCCCCAACCCACCUGCCCACAGGACAUCCAUGCCGUGCUGAGAGAGAUGAGCGGCUUGUUGGCUGAGCAGAGGGUUGAGCUGAGGCACCUACAGCGAGAGAAUGACGUACAAGCAGCAAAGCUGAGGAAACUGGAGCAAUUGCAGAGGGAGCAGGAGAAAUUGAACCAACAGGUCAAAGCACAAGCUGCAAAGCUGAGGGAGCUGGAGAAAUCGAACCAACAGGUCAAAGAACAGGCAGGAGAACUGACGGCCAUUAAAGCAAGGACAAACCUGACUGAAAACCAGGUGGAGGCUCUGAGGAGAGAAACGGAAGGCAAACGCGUGGCCUUCACCGCCGCUCUGUCUUCAAGUGAAACAACUAUUGGCCCAUUUAAUACACAGACUAAUCUGGUCUUCACACAAGUCAUUACAAAUAUUGGAAAUGCCUACAACACGGACACAGGUUUUUUCAUUGCACCGGUGAAAGGAGUCUACCACUUUGAGCUCUACAUAUGUGCAUAUGGAGACCCUUCAUAUGGUUCAGCUGUUUGGUUGGUCAGAAAUGGACACAAUAUUUGUAUUGCAUAUGAGCGUCAGCCAUCCUAUUUUGGGAAGUCUGCUAAUGGCGCCACACUGCUGUUAGAGGUCGGAGAUGUUGUGUUUUUGCGUCUGGAUGCUAACUCAGAGGUGUAUGACAAUGAACAUCACCAGAGCACAUUCAGUGGUCAUCUGCUUUUCACCAUGUGAGGGAAAAAGUCCUGUUUCUUCAGCUGUAUGUUACUGUAAUAUUACAAAAUAUGAUAAGUAUAUGUAAUUAUAUGUAAUUAUUACUAAAUCCUAUAUUUCAAAAUAUCCAUUUGAAUAAAAGUAUAUAGUGAUAUUAGGGGACAUUUCUUUAACAUGUGAUUAAUUAAGUUUUAAAAACUUUAAUUGGUAGAAAAUCAAAUAAACCCUUCACAGCUGUUGGGUGUAAUAAAUGCCAUGUUGUUUAUUAGAUGUUGUUGUUGUAUUAACCUCAUGGCAACUCACUAUUGUGUCUUGUUUUCAUGUGUUUGUGGUUUAAAUGUUUCUUAGAUGGAUGUGAACAGUGAAUAAUCAGUUUUCCAGAGAACAAGGAGUUAAAAAGAUGAUUUGGUCCGAUAGAAGGUCCAAGAACAAACUGUAUUUGCUUUCCUAUAAUGUUAAAUAUAGAAACCCUCACAUGUAAUGAACUAGAACUAGAC